AUGGUUACCACUCACAACCGAAAUACGUCUACAAGGAGGAAGAAAGUUCCACACAGGUUUGAGGAGAAAUGGGUGACCCACCUAGCAUGUGAAGACACCAUCCGUGAGGCAUGGGUGGGGUCAGUGUGUGAGGGGAGCCCAAUGUUUCAACUCUUUGAAAAGAUUAAGCAGUGCAAACUAGCUUUGGUAAGGUGGAGCCGUGUGGCUUUUGGGAACACUAAGUCAACACUCCAGGAAAAGCACAAGGUACUAGAAGAAUUGGCCGACCAGAAUAAGGCGAAGAACAAUGAGGCCAUUCAGGGUGUACGGGCUGAAAUAAACUCCUUACUGUACCAUGAGGAGGUGGCGUGGAGACAAUGUUCACGGUCCAUUUGGCUUCCGGCUGGUGAUAAGAACACCAAAUUCUUUCACCAACGGGCAAGUCAACGGCGACAAAAAAAUCACAUAGCAGGGAUAUUUAAUGCCGAUGAUGAGUGGUGCAACACGGAUGAUGGUAUUGCAAAUGUAGCAGAGUAG